CCACUACACCUCCAGACUUUUGGCCUUCUAACGCGACAGUGAUUCCAGGUUGAAUCCGCUCUUGGUCGCUAUUGCUAUUCUAACGUCUACUUGCCCAUCAUGACUCUCGCUGAGGAGUUCCAAUCGCGAAACUUCAGCAUCUAUGGCCAAUGGACCGGUGUGGUGUGCAUGAUCCUGUGCUUUGCCCUCGGCAUUGCCAACAUCUUCUCCCCCGUCAUCCGCAUCAUCUUCUCCGUCAUCUGCCUUGCUUGCUCGUUCAUCAUUCUCUUCAUUGAGGUACCCUUCCUGCUCCGCAUUUGCCCUACAUCCGCCAAGUUCGAUGCCUUCAUCCGCCGCUUCACCACCAACUGGAUGCGCGCCGCUAUGUAUGCCAUUAUGUGCGGUGUCCAGUGGGCUAGUCUCGUCACUGGUGCCUCAAGUCUGAUCGCCGCCGCCGUUAUGCUCUCCAUCGCUGCUAUCUUCUACGCGCUGGCCGGUCUGAAGAGCCAGGAGUUCGUCGGCAGCAAGACCCUCGGUGGUCAGGGUGUUGCGCAGAUGAUCGUCUAAAUUCCCGUUGCCUCCCGACAGGUCUCUGGCUUCUUCCCGCGUCGGGUUUAUAUGUGGGAUAGCAUGUCCCCUGGCUGGUCCAAUGUCUGGGUGGAAUGAUGGAAUGCUCGAUGCGAAAUUCUGGAUAAUGACCUUUGGGUCGAAACAUAUUGGAAUGCGCCACGACCUUGCUUAUUACUCCUUUUAUCAUCUUGUACUUGUAUGUCGCCUUUGGUUUGGCGACAGCCUGCUUGGCGACUUCCUCACUGCAGACAUAAUGAACAUCCUCUUCUAUGGUUCAGGUCUGCGUUAUUCGGUUCUGUUACGGUUUUUAGAGCGAAACUAGGUUCAAUGUCAAUGCAUACUUAUGCUUCCUUUCGA